CACACGACCGCGACACACAAAGUUGUUGUACAACGAGCCAAAGAUGUCGACAACGACGACAACGCCAGCAGUCAAGACGUGGGGUGACCUGCGUCCUUCUGCACCCCCGAUGUCCUCCGCUGCCACAACAGCCGCCUCCUCCUCCUCUGCUGGGAAUGGUGGCAAGGCCUCGAAGCAGGCACCUUUUGCAUUGUUUGGACAACUCCCCGAUGACCAGAAGGCGACGAGCUUGGAGGACGACUUCAACUAUGGCGUGCACGUUGCCUCAUGCUCCGUGGACGUGCGCAUGAAGUUCCUGCGCAAGGUCUACGGCAUCGUAGCAGCGCAGCUCCUGGUCACGUCCAUUGUCACCGGCAUCUUUCAGUUCCCCGCCAUCUCCGCUUUCGUGCAGACGUUCGAGGCCGGCGUGCUGCUGUCGGCUCUGUUUGCGUUUGUGUCACUUGUGGCCCUCUUUGUCAAGCGCCACCAGUUCCCAACCAACCUCUACCUCCUCGGCGCCUUUACCUUGGCAGAGGCAUACCUUGUUGGCACGAUCGUGACGUUCUACCAGAUCCACUCGGUGCUGCAAGCGGCGGUCAUCACCACCACCGUGGUUGCUGGCCUGACGCUGUUUGCCUUCCAGACCAAAUACGACUUUACCAUCUUCAAUGGCCUUCUCGGCAUGCUCCUCUUCUCCCUCAUUGGCAUCGGCUUUGCCCUCAUUGCGUAA